AUGGUCCUGCUGCACCUCAGAGCGCUAGCUUCUCCUCUGAAAAUCAGAGAGGACAGAGACUCCCCACCCCCUACCCCAUCCCUGCAAAGGGUCGGGCUGUCGGAGAAGGCCCGGAAGAGGCGGGUUUCUGGCUUUCUGCCUGGUCCAGAGAUCUCGGUUAUACAGCUGCAGGCAUCCAAGACCAAGGCCUGGGGUGAUUCUGGCAGAACUGAGGGAACCCAGCAAGCGGAGCUGGGUAACGUCAAUCAACUCAAAGGCAGGACAGCUUCUGUUCCGGAAGAAGACACUAGACAGAAGGUAAGUACAUUAGAACCCACUGCAGGCGUGCGUUCUGCUCCCCUCGCCUCACUCACCUGUCUUCUCUGCCUCUGUCACCACUGUACCCAGGGCCGAGCACGCAGGCCUCCACCUGCGCAGCACAGGCACUGUGAAGGAUGUAUCAACCGCCACUGCUGUGUUCCAGUAGAGCCCAGCGUCUCCUGCCUGGUGAUAAGCUGCCACCUGCUCUGUGGUGCUACCUUUCACAUGUGCAAGGAGGCUGAGCAUGCGCUCCUCUGCCCUCUGGAGCAGGUUCCGUGCCUUAACUCCGAGUAUGGCUGCCCGCUCUCCAUGGCGCGCCAUAAGCUGGCCAAGCACCUGCAGGUGUGUCCAGCCAGUGUGGUCUGCUGCUCCAUGGAAUGGAACCGCUGGCCAAACGUGGACUCUGAAACAAUCCUUCAUGAAAACAUCAUGAAAGAGCCCCCCAGCGAAGAGUGUUUGGACACAGCCCUGGCCCUCCAGGACCAGAAGGUUCUCUUCAGAUCCUUGAAAAUGGUAGAGCUUUUCCCAGAAACCAGAGAUGCCACGGAGGAGGAGCCAGCCAUGAACGGUGACGCCAAUUGGGAGGAGACUGGGGGCGCUGUGGGAGGAGCGGAUCUCAGGUCAGUACCAGAACAUGGUUGUUGGCCAGCAACCAAUGGGCAAACGAUGGAGCUCAGUCAGGAGGAACGAGAUGCAUUGGCGAAAACCAAAGAAGGGAUGGACCUGGACAAGUUUGGCAAAUGGGAAAGUAUGUUCAGCAAGGAGCACGCGGCCUCUGUUUUAACAGGUUCCUUGGGGAAGAGCGAAGACAAGAGCGGGAAUGUAGCUCGGAAAGAGCAGUGCUCCGGUGAUGGUAGCACAGGUGACACAGAGAGCUCUGCGGAAGGGAGAGGACCACAGGAAAGUCAGAAGCCCCAGGAUCUUCCUGCUGUCAUAGAGAUGACAGGGCUUGCCCCCUGGCAAGACGGUGUUCUGGAAAGACUAAAAACAGCCGUGGAUGCCAAAGACUAUAACAUGUAUCUGGUACACAAUGGGAGGAUGCUCAUCCACUUCGGGCAAAUGCCUGCUUGUACCCCCAAGGAGAGAGACUUCGUUUACGGCAAUCUCGAGGCUCAAGAAGUGAAGACGGUUUACACCUUCAAAAUUCCCGUGAGCUACUGCGGGAAGCGAGCUCGCCUCGGAGAUGCCAUGCUGAGGUGCAGACCAAGUGAACACAAAGCUGUGGACACUUCCGAUUUGGGCAUCUCUGUGGAGGACCUGCCCAAAUCGGAUCUCAUCAAAACCACUCUCCAGUGUGCUUUGGAAAGGGAACUCAAAGGCCACGUCAUCUCUGAAUCCAGGAGCAUCGAUGGACUGUUUAUGGACCUUGCUACCCAAACAUACAACUUUGAGCCAGAGCAGUUUUCCUCAGAGACCGUGUUGGCCGACCUCCUAGGCUCUACCCAACCCGGGGGCCUGCACGUGGAGCUCCACAGUGAGUGUGUGACCAGGAGACACAAUAAAAGUAGCUCAGCUUUUACUUUCACCUGCAACAAAUUCUUCAGGCGAGAUGAAUUUCCCCUGCACUUCAAGAAUGUGCACACAGACAUUCAGUCCUGUCUCAAUGGCUGGUUCCAGCAUCGAUGCCCGCUGGCCUACUUAGGAUGUACAUUUGUUCAAAACCACUUCCGCCCCCCUGGACAAAAAGCAAAAGUGAUCUAUAGUCAGGAGUUGAAGACCUUUGCCAUCAAGCCAGAGGUUGCCCCGGAGCUCAGUGAGGGAUGGAAGAGAAGCCAUCUCUCAGGCCACGGUGGGAAAAACCUGAAUUCUCUAACCAGCCUGCCCCUGGAGGUUUUGCAAUACAUUGCUGGUUUUCUGGAUAGCAUCAGCCUGUCCCAGCUGUCGCAGGUGUCAGUACUGAUGAGGAACAUCUGUGCCACUUUGUUGCAAGAGAGAGGGAUGGUCCUCUUGCAGUGGAAGAAGAAGAGGUAUUCUCAUGGAGGCACCUCCUGGAAAGUCCACAGUCAGAUCUGGCAGUUCAGCAGCCUCUUCUCCAGAAUCAAGAGCUGGGAGUUUAACGAAGUAACCUCCAUGUCUGAACACCUGAAAGCCUGUCCUUUCAACAUUGUGGAGCACAAGACUGAGCCGAUUCGUUUGACCAGCAUGUGCCAGCCCCAAACGCAGGCCCGGGAGAGCUUAGUGUCCACGUUUAGGGCCCGACCACGGGGCAGACAUACCUAAAGAUUUGCACACCGCGGCUCCUGGCUUCUCAGAGCUCGUGAAAGUAGGACAGUAUGGGUUGAGGACGCCACUCUGAAACCUGCGUAUCUGCUUCACUUGGUCUAAAGAAAGUGAAGUCCUUUAGGCCUUAGCAACUACACUAGGAUACUAGCUUUCUGAGCUAUGGCUUGUAGCCACGCUUUUUUUUUUUUCCCUUAAAGAAAUUCUGUAAAACAUAGACUGCUAAUUCUACAUUGAGCUGUUCAGUUUAUAAACCACCUUCAAGUUCUUGGAGCAGGCAAUAGGGGGACAGGGUUGAGGUGCUGUAAUCUCGCAGGGUGUCUUUAAGUGGAGGGGACCC